CGCUGCCCUCACACGAGCCUGCGCCCAAGACCGCCCUUUUCACCUGCCCAAGCUCCUUGAUUGUAGCUGUGACACAUCUCCCUUCUGACACGUCUAAUCCGCUUAUAAAAUAUCCUCUUCGUUCCUCAAUUGCAUACCCAGUAUGGCUGAAGCUACGGCAGCCGACGGCCAGAUGAAGGAUCUUUCCAUUUCUGAGACCAAGAAGAGCAAGAAGGAUGGCAACCCCCAAAAGGCUGCUAAGAAGCCUCAGCAACAAAAGAAGAAGAUUGAGGGAUCAGCGCUCAUCGGUAUCGAUGUCGCAAAAGAAGUUGAUCUUGGAGAAUGGUACCAGCAGGUCAUUACCAAGGGUCAGAUGAUCUCAUACUACGAUGUUGCCGGAUGCUACAUUCUCGAACCCUCCUCGUAUGCCAUCUGGGAGAACAUCAAGUCCUGGUUCGACGCGCAGAUCAAGACACUCAAAGUCAGGAACGCCUACUUCCCAAUCUUCAUCAGCGCAGACAACUUGGAGAGGGAGAAGGAGCACGUUGAGGGUUUUGCUGCCGAAGUAGCCUGGGUCACAAAAGGUGGCAAGUCUGACCUCGAGAAGCCUGUCGCUGUGCGCCCUACCUCCGAGACCGCCAUGUACCCUUACUUCGCUCGCAAGAUCCAGUCCCAUCGCGAUCUACCCCUGAAGCUUAACCAAUGGAACAACGUCGUUCGGUGGGAGUUCAAGCACCCUAUGCCUUUCAUCCGAUCACGCGAGUUCCUCUGGCAAGAAGGUCACACUGCGCAUCUUACAAAAGAGGAGGCUAGCGCAGAGGUUCUGCAAAUCUUGGACUGGUACUCUGACGUCUACCAAAACUUGCUCGCCGUUCCUGUCGUCAAGGGAACCAAGACCGUCAACGAGAAGUUCCCUGGAGCCGACUACACCACAACUAUCGAGGGUUUCAUUCCUGCAACAGGCCGUGGUAUUCAGGCUGCAACUUCCCAUUGCCUAGGACAGCAUUUCUCAAAGAUGUUCAACAUCACAGUCGAGGAUCCUCAUGCGAAGGAGUCUGGCAAGUCAGAGCAUGUCUACGUCUGGCAAAACUCAUGGGGUCUGACUACCCGCUCAAUCGGUGUCAUGAUUCUGACUCACGGUGAUAACCGGGGUUUGGUCAUCCCUCCUCGGGUGGCUGAAAUCCAGGUUGUCGUCAUUCCUGUCGGUGUUACAGCCAAGAUGUCCGCCGAAGACAAGGAGAGCCUUUACAGCAAGGUCAAGAAGAUUUCAGACGACUUGAAAGACGCAGGCGUUCGCGUUGAGACCGACUACCGUGAAGGCUACUCCCCUGGCUGGAAGUUCAACGACUGGGAGCUCAAGGGUAUCCCUCUGCGAAUCGAGUUCGGCCCCAAGGAUGCUGAGAAGGGCAUUGUCACCACCUCGCGCCGCGACAUUGACGACAAGGAUGCUGCACGUGGUACUAUCAACGUCGAUGACCUUACAAAAGAGGUUCCCAAGCUGCUCGAGCAGAUUCAGAAUGAUAUGUUCGAAAAGGCUGACAAGACCUUCCGCAGCCAUCGCGUACAGCUUACUAACUGGGACGACUUCGUUCCCACUCUUAAUGCCAAGAACGUUGUUCUCGUUCCUCACUGUGAGGGUGACAAGUGCGAGGACGAGGUCAAGGCCAAGAGCGCCAGAACAGCGUUGGGUGAUGGUGUCGCUGAGGACAAGCAAGCCCCUGCCAUGGGUGCAAAGAGUUUGUGUAUUCCUUUCGACCAGCCUGAGGGUAUUGAGCCUGGCAAGACCAAGUGCAUCAACCCCACCUGCACGACUCCAGCCAAGCAGUGGAUCUUGUUCGGACGAAGCUACUAGUGGAUCGAUGUUAGUCCGAGUGUUUGUAGCGUCCUUUUCUGUUUGUUUGAGCAUUUGGUGGCAUGGAGUUUGAUGGUACGGUGUUUACAUCAUGGGGAAGGGGGUUGUCGUUGCACUAGCCAUUCUCAAGUUUACAAUGUCCGAUAUGAUUAUAGGCAUAAUGGUCAAAUGUCUGUGUCUUAGUCCAAAACUUUUCCUUGUGUAUGUGUGUUUUCUGGACUUUGGUAAGUGCGUGUUUGACAGCCUGUCAUGAACGUCUUGUGUCACUGUCACCACAGCUUUCGCAUUUUCCUAGUUCGUCCUUUGUGUUGAUGACUCCUAAGCGCCCUUCGUAUUUCCCACUCGAUCGAGUCAUCCAUUAUGUGCCACAAAUCUUUCCAGGUUUUCC